GGGACAAGCAAACAUAAAUCCCUCCACCCUUCGUCACUCCUUCCACCGUCUCCUUUCCGACCCACGAAUCCUCGAACUUUAAUCCGUUCUCCAGCGGCAGGAUGGGAUUUUUGAUGCGGAGACGGAGAAAUCUGGACUGAGACGAACCGAUCGGUGCCUCGCAUUAUCCAUUUCGUCGAAGAUUUCGAUCUCGGAUUCUCUCCCGCUCUAAAUGCUUGCUUAGAAGUUAGAACCCUAAAGGUUUGAUCCUUGAUCCUUUGCCUUGCUUGUCGGGAUGAAGGUUUUGUGUCGGAAUAUGGAGCAGGACCGAGAGCAGACGAUGAUUUCUUCGUCGCCGUUCGUGAUCUCGUUCCUGCUGCUGGUUUCGGUCCCGGUGCUCUUCGUCUUGGCCCCGCGGGUUCUGCCGCCGAAGACGCUACCGAGCAUCCCCAACCGCGACGAGAUGGAUGACCUCGCGCUCUUCCGCCGCGCCACCCUCGCGUCCGCCGGCGGGGGCGGAGGGCUCCGCCGACACGCGGCGGCGCCGCCCAAGAUCGCGUUCAUGUUCCUGACCAACUCCGACCUCUCGUUCGCGCCCCUCUGGGAGCGGUUCUUCCGCGGUCAUGAGCGACUGUUCAACGUGUACGUCCACGCCGACCCUUCCGCGCGUCUCUUGCUCCCGCCAACGCCCUCCUUCCUCGGGAGAUUCAUCCCGGCGAAGGCCACGCAGCGAGCGUCGCCGACGCUCAUCUCAGCAGCGCGCCGCCUUCUCGCAGCGGCGCUCCUCGACGACCCGACCAACGCCUUCUUCGCCCUUCUCUCCCAGCAUUGCGUCCCCCUCCACUCCUUCCGCUUCACCUACCACGCCGUCCUCGCUAAUUCUGACGUACCGCUGGCCACCAACGGCGAUGGGGUCCUCCGCCGCCGACACCGGAGCUUUAUCGAGAUCCUCUCCGGCGAACCGGGGCUGUGGGACCGCUAUGUCGCUCGUGGCGACGAUGUGAUGCUCCCGGAAGUGACCUUCGACCAGUUCCGUGUGGGUUCGCAGUUCUUUAUCCUCGCCAGGCGGCACGCGGUGAUGGUGGUGCGUGACCGACGGUUGUGGAAGAAGUUCAAGAUGCCAUGCCUCAAGUCCAAAGAAGAUUCUUGCUACCCCGAGGAACAUUACUUUCCGACACUCCUCCAGAUGCAGGACCCUGAGGGAUGCACUCAUUAUACGCUAACCAGGGUGAACUGGACCGAUAGCAUAGGCGGCCACCCACACACUUACCGGCCACCGGAGAUAUCCGGUGAUCUAAUCAAGGAGUUGAGGAGGUCGAAUUCGACAUACUCCUACCUCUUUGCACGCAAGUUCUCUCCGGACUGCCUUGAUCCCCUGCUCGAGCUUGUGGAUAUUACUAUCUUUCGGGAUUGAGUCCUCUUUUGGUUGCGGUCUGCAGCUAAGGGAUUGGUGCUUAGGCAAAUGUAUGAGAGAUUGAUGAGAGUAUAUGGCUAAAGCUGAUCCAUCUUUUCCUCUUCAUUUGUGAACCCCAUCUCUGUCACUGGUAAAGAUGAUGCUGGUCUAAAGUGCAAGGAAGAACCAAGAUGGCUUAAGUGAGACAUCCACAUUAGUUAUUAGCAUCAUGAUCCUGUGCAAGGGAUAGUAAAGCACUUUUGUAUCUACACAGAGUUCAAUAAUAAUGUAUUUGAUUACCACAAAGUUGACAAUUGAGCACUUGACUUACAGAAGAAAAUGGUUAGAAGAUCUUAACAUCCAAUUUUAGCCAAGGAUUCGUCCAUAUUCCAAGUGUGUGUGGCCAAAGCAAAAGGGGAAUCGUCUUCGUUUCUCUUCUUAUGUUUCUAUUAUUCUUCCUUCCAUAUUCUAAGUGUGUUUGUGUAAAUAUUUUCGUGGGCAAAGUGUGAUAGAAUCUCUUCCUUUUUAUCUUUAGCAAAGCCCUAAUAAGACGUCGGUUGUGUGCCAAUAGCUAUAAGCUCUUCCUUUCAAUAUUGAGGGUCCACUUGACCAGAGAAGGAUUAGAAGACUGGUGAAUGAGGGAAUCAUCUGACAGAAUCUGAGCAAAAAAAUCGCUUCUCUUGGGAAAGAAUGCAUUCGGCAGAGGCAAACUAUACUGGUUAAACUCUUAUCAUGGUCACCACUUCUAACUGAAGCAGGUUUGCUCUCUUGAUAUUGGAGUUAAAGAUGCAUCAGUAUCCUUCCUAAACCCUUGGUAAAGUUUGGUGGUGCAGGCAUCUUUUUUAUCCAGUGGAAAAACCACAUCAGCCUUCAGGAAUGUGUCAUAAGCCUGUCACCACCUUCUUUGUUUGUCAUUGCCACAAGGAUGUAACCUGUGGGACAGUGACUCAGAAAUGCUUCACUGUCAUAAGGAACAGAAUGGCAACACAUCAGCUUCUAGUCACAUGUAGUUGCAUGUUCUAUUUAUAAUUAAUUUCUGCACCAAUUACAUUCAGAAUCAUAAUGACCUUGUCUUAAAGUUUCUUCCAGGAACUACUCUGUCAUUGUUUUAUUUGGCACAAGUAGAUACUGUCUAUUGAUCUCUUACCUAAUAUCCUUAUUUUCUGGGUCUUUGUCCCUUGACUUCAA